UUCCAGCCAUGAUCACGUCGCACCCUAACACCACCAUGGCCAUCAAGGGCCAGAUGAAGGAGCUGAACUGCACAGCGCGGGGGGAGCAGCCCAUCAUCAUCCGAUGGGAGAGGGGUGACACUGUCAUCGAUGCCGAGAGGAACCCCCGCUACUCCAUCACCAUCAACAAGAAGGGGGACGAGGUUAUCUCCACACUCAAGGUCAGACACUGAGGAAAGAGGGCAAAAUGUUGAGAGAAUUAAAUUGGAGGGCAUUAGAAUUUAGAAUAGAGCCCAAUUGAGUUGAGAUCAAAGUACAAAAUGGUUCAGUAUAGUAUGCAGUGUAGUUUUGACCACUAAAUAACCCAUGUCCACUCAUGCUCUCCUUAAUGUGUUGCUGUCCCCCAUGUAGCUGAAGCCAGCGGAGCGUGGGGACUCAGUCUUCUUCUCCUGCCACGCCAUCAACUCAUACGGAGAGGGGCGAGGACUCAUCCAGCUUACCGUGCAAGGUGCCUAUCUCUCUCACUCUGCUGUUACUGCACAUAGCCUCACUGUUGACCGACCAGUGAUUAAGGUUAAAUGUAUACCCAACCUCCUUCUUUAACACACACAGAGCCUCCUGACCCUCCUGAGUUGGAGGUGAGAGAGGUGAAGGACCGCAGUAUGAACCUGCGCUGGAUCCAGAGGUUUGAUGGCAACAGCAUCAUCACCAGCUACGACAUUGAGUAUAAGAACAAGUCUGGUACGAGUCCAACCUGUCUAACCCUGUAAACCCUCAUAUCCCUAUUGUCCUCAUUCUAACUCCCUUAUCUGUGGUCCUCUAAUGUCCUCUCUAUCUGCUUCUAUAUGUUACAGACACUUGGGAUCACAAGUACACAACCAGGAACAUCUCCCCCACUAACAACCAGGCUAACAUCGUGGAGCUGCACCCUGCCUGUGUCUACAGCAUCCGCAUGUACUCCUUCAACAAGAUCGGACGCAGCCAGCCUAGCAAGGAGCUCACCAUCAGCACUGAGGAAGCACGUAAGUCUAACCGCACACAUACAGUACUAUGAAAAAGUAUUUGCCCCCUUUCUAAUUUUCUCUACUUUUACAUAUUUGUGAUACUGAAUGUUAUCAGAUCUUCAACCAAAACCUAAUAUUAGAUAAAGGGAACAUAAAUGAACAAAUAACACAACAAUUACAUAUUUAUUUCAUUUAUUUCAUAAACAAAGUUAUGCAACACCCAAUUCCCAUGUGUGAAAAAGUAAUUGCCCCCUUACACUCAAUAACUGGUUGUGCCACCUUUAGCUGCAAUGACUCCAACCAAAUGCUUCCUGUAGUUGUUGAUCAGUCUCUCACGUCGCUGUGGAGGAAUUUUGGCCCACUCUUCCAUGCAGAACUGCUUUAACUCAGUGACGUGUGGGUUUUCAAGCAUGAACUGCUCGUUUCAAGUCCUGACACAACAUCUCAAUUGGGAUUAGGUCUGGAUUUUGACUAGGCCAUUCCAAAAUUUCCAAUUCGUUGCUUUUUAGCAAUUUCCAUGUAGACUUGAUUGUGUGUUUUGGAUCAUUGUCUUGCUAUAUGACCCAGCUGCGCUUCAGCUUCAGCUCACAGACGGAUGGUCUGACAUUCUCCUGUAGAAUUCUCUGAUACAGAGCAGAAUUCAUGGUUCCUUCUAUUAAGGCAAGUCGUCCAGGUCCUGAGGCAGCAAAGCAUCCCCAAACCAUCACACCACCACCACCAUGCUUGACCUUUGGUAUGAUGUUCUUACUGUGGAAUGCAGUGUUUGGUUUUCGCCAGGCAUAAAAAGUUGACUCAAGUUUGCCAAAAUGCACCUGGAUGAUCAUCAAGACUCUUGGAAGAACGUUCUAUGGACAAAAACCAAACAAUGCAUUCCACAGUAAGAACAUGUGCCUCAGGACCUGGACGACUUGCCUUAAUAGAAGGAACCAUGAAUUCUGCUCUGUAUCAGAGAAUUCUACAGGAGAAUGUCAGACCAUCCUUCUGUGAGAUGAAGCUGAAGCGCAGCUGGGUCAUGCAGCAAGACAAUGAUCCAAAAUACCCAAUCAAGUCUACAUGUAUAUUGCUAAAAAGCAACAAAUUGGAAGUUUUGGAAUGGCCUAGUCAAAGUCCAGACCUAAUCCCAAUUGAGAUGUUGUGGCAGGACUUGAAACGAGCAGUUCAUGCUUGAAAACCCACACGUCACUGAGUUAAAGCAGUUCUGCAUGGAAGAGUGGGCCAAAAUUCCUCCACAGUGACGUGAGAGACUGAUCAACAACUACAGGAAGCAUUUGGUUGGAGUCAUUGCAGCUAAAGGUGGCACAACCAGUUAUUGAGUGUAAGGGGGCAAUUACUUUUUCACACAUGGGAAUUGGGUGUUGCAUAACUUUGUUUAUGAAAUAAAUGAAAUAAAUAUGUAAUUGUUGUGUUAUUUGUUCACUUAUGUUCCCUUUAUCUAAUAUUAGGUUUUGGUUGAAGAUCUGAUAACAUUCAGUAUCACACAUAUGUAAAAGUAGAGAAAAUUAGAAAGGGGGCAAAUACUUUUUAAAGGCACUGUAUACGCACACGCGCACGCAAACACACACAUGCACAAGCACACACACAAACACACACACACAUACAUACACACACACACACACACUUAUUUAAAAUGAUGUCUUGUUUGGUGCCAUUGAAACCCUUAUUUCAACCUCUCUCCUCAACAGAACCUGAUGGGCCCCCUAUGGAAGUGAUCCUCCAACCAAUGACGUCUCAGAGCAUACGGGUCACAUGGAGGGUAAACUUCAUUAACCAUCAUGCUUCUCUUCCUUUAUGCUAUAAUAUCAUAAUAAGUGAGACAUUCAAACUAACUGCCAUUGAUCUCCAGUCAGUGUCCUAACAGAGCUAUCCCCUGCCUCUCCCACUCAGGCCCCCAGAAAGGAGCUUCAGAACGGGGUGAUCCGGGGGUACCAGAUCGGUUACCGUGAGAACGGGCCGGGCAGUAACGGCCAAUACAGCAUUGUGGAGAUGAAGGCCACGGGGGACAGUGAGGUGUACACCCUGGACAACCUGAAGAAGUUCGCCCAGUAUGGAGUGGUGGUCCAGGCCUUCAACAGGGCUGGCACUGGCCCCUCUAGCACUGAGAUCAAUGCUACCACACUAGAGGAUGGUAAGACAGGAGGGAGGGAGGUUAGAGAUAAGAGAGGAGGAUAGAGAGUAGGGGAGGAGAGAGCAGAGAGUACGAAGCUGAGAGCAAUUUUAGUGAGGAGCGAGCUCAUGAGGAGGACCCCAGUUAGAGGGAGUGAGAGAGUAGAGAAGCAGACGGGAGAGUAGAGAACGAGUGAGGAGCGAGAGAGUGGAGACGAGAGUAGAGAGAGAACGAUGAAGGAGUGAUAGAGGAUGGAGAAGAGAGGAGAGGAGAGAGAAGAGAGCAGCGUAGACGGAGAGCGAGGAAGAGAGAAGGAUGACGAGAUGGAGAGAGAAGAGAGGGAGGAGAGGAAGAGAGGAGAGGGAGGAGGACGGAGAUUGAGAGGAGAGGACCGAAGAGGAGGGAAGAUGAGCGAGAGGAGAGAGAGCACGAGAAGAGAUGGACGACGCGGAAGAGGGAGACGACAGACGAGAGGACGAGACAGAGGAGGAGAGGAGAAGAAGCACGAGAGGAGAGAGGAGAGGGAGAGCGAGAGAGAAGAGGAGAGGAGCGAGGAGAGAGAGAGAGGAGAUGAGAGAAGAGAGAGAGAGAGAGGAGAGGAGAGAGAGAGAUGAGAGAGAGAGAGAGAGAGAGAGAGGAGAGAGAGGAGAGAGAGGAGAGAGAGAGAGAGAGAGAGAGAUUCAUACUCUGCUAGUAGAACGGGUGGAUUUCUUUAACUUGUCAACAGGAAUAGUAAAUAGAGUCCAAUCAUGUAAGAAUAGCGUGGAAAAACAGCAAAUAAAGAUGCACCCACACAUUGAUUCAGUUGUGCAAACACACUCUCACACACAGUCUCUGAGACAAAAUGGAGGAAAUGAACAUGCAGCACAUCCCCCAUCAUUCUCCUAUUUUAAUUAGCUCCCUCAGUAGACUGAGAGAGCGAGAGACCCCAUUACUCUCUGAAUAUGCCUGCCCACUCUACCUCUCUCCUCUCUCUCUCUCUCUCUCUCUUCCUCUCCUUCACCCUCUGUCCCCUUCAUUGGUUAUCUCUCUAUUCCCUCUCUCGUUUACACCAUUAAUUUUUUUGUUCAUUCCAUUUUUUCUCUCCUGAAUCUAUCCCUCCCUUUGCUUUCAUUGGGGAAUCCCCCUUCUCCUUCUCUCGCUACUUUCUUUUUUAUCUUUACAUCAGACAGACAUCUUAGUCCCUCCCUCUCCAUUCGUUUGUACAGCCUUAAUGAUAGAGAUAGAUGUAGAUCCUGAUUAUGAUAAUUAGUUAGCAAUGAUGGUAACUACAACACACAUUGUCUGUCUGUCUCUGUCUGUCUGUUUGCUGCUGUUUCUACAGCUGCAAUUAUCACACAGCUGGACACAUUGUCCUCCAUCCGCACACUUCUGCUUUUUAUCCUCCGUCUGCCUCUCAUCACCAUCCCCCUUCCUCCAAGUUAACCCUUAACAGUCAAGACUCCCCUGUUAAACGCUACAGGGUAUCCCUCUUUCCCUUCUCCCUUAUACCUGCCUCUCUCUCUGCCAUCCCUCACUUUAUACCUCUCUCUUUCUUUCUCCAUUGCAGUGAUUGAAAAUUGAAGAUUGGAAUAAAUAGUAUUUUGGGGAUGUGAUGCAGUUUAUUACUAUUACUGUAUAUCCGUCCUAUUAGUCGCAGACAGCUGUGUUCAAUAAGGUGCACUAUGGUCCUCUGGGAUGUUAACCUUUAACCUCUCUCCUACCCCCAGUGCCCAGCCAGCCGCCCCAGAACGUGCGGGCUAUCUCGGUGACGUCAGACGAGGCGGUGAUCACGUGGGUGGAGCCCCCGCGUCUGACACUGCAUGGCGUGCUGAAGGGCUACCGCGUGGUAUUCUGGUCCCUCUUCCCCGACGGAGGUGGGUGCUGUGGGGGCCAGGCCCAGGGGCAGAUGCAGAGUAAUUAUCACUGCUAUCAUUCUAACUCCACCCCAAACCCAUGACCUCACCUGCCUGUCUAUCUGUCCGUGUGUGUGUCUGAACCCAUAGCACACUCCCUAACUGUGCCCUAGUCUGCCCCACACCCCUUCUCCUCAUCUGUCUCCUAACCCUUCACACACCCCAUUCCCUAUCUGUCUGUCUGUCUAUGGGAUUUACCUGGAAUGUAUUAUUUGUAUGUUUACCUUACCCCCUUGAGCCUAACCUGUAUUUUCCUCCAAAUUUGUGCAUUGUUAUUUAUGAACAAACAAGGCUUAAUCUCUCUCUCUCUCUCUCUCUCUCUCUCUCUCUCUCUCUCUCUCUCUCUUCUUUCUUUCUUUCUUUCUUUCUUUCUUUCUUUCUUUCUUUCUUUUCUUUCUUUCUUUCUUUCUUUCUUUCUUUCUUUCUCUCUCUCUCUCUCUCUCUCUCUCUCUCUCUCAGAAUGGGGAGAGAUGCAAAACAUCACUACAACUCGUGAGCAGGUGGAGCUGAGAGGGAUGGAGAAGUUUACUAACUACAGUGUCCAGGUGCUGGCCUACACACAGGCUGGGGAUGGGGUCAGGAGCAAUGUCCUGUACAUCCAAACCCGCGAGGACCGUGAGUACACACACACACAUGUGCACUUGCGCGGACACACACACACACGCAAACACACACUCUCUCUCUCUCUCAACACACACAUAUACAUUACCCUCCCCCUGAUAUAGACUUUAACAGAAGAUAGCCCUAUUUGGUAAAAGACCAAGUCCAUAAUAUGGUAAGAACAGCUCAAAUAAGCAAAGAGAAACGAAAGUCCAUCAUUGCUUUAAGAUAUGAAGGUCAGUCAAUAUGGAAAAUCAAAAGAACUGAAAGUUUCUUCAAGUGCAGUCGCAAAAACCAUCAAGCGCUAUGAUGAAACUGGCUCUCAUGAGGACCACCACAGGAAUGGAAGACCCAGAGGAUAAGUUCAUUAGAGUUACCAGCCUCAGAAAUUGCAGCCCAAAUAAAUGCUUCACAGAGUUCAAGUCACAGACACAUCUCAACAUCAACUGUUCAGAGGAGACUGUGUGAAUCAGGCCUUCAUGGUCGAUUGCUGCAAAGUAACCACUACUAAAGGACAUCAAUAAGAAGAAGAGGCCUGCAUGGGCCAAGAAACACGAGCAAUGGACAUUAGACCGGUGGAAAUGAUUUUUGGUUCCAACCGCCGUGUCUUUGUGAGACGCGUUGUGGGUGAACGGAUAAUCUCCGCAUGUGUAUUUCCCACCGUAAAGCAUGGAGGAGGAGGUGUUAUGGUAUGGGGGUGCUUUGCUGGUGACACUGUCUGUGAUUUAUUUAGAAUUCAAGGCACACUUAACCAGCAUGGCUACCACAGCAUUCUGCAGCGAUACACCAUCCCAUCUGGUUUGGGCUUAGUGGGACUAUCAUUUGUUUUUCAACAGGACAAUGACCCAACACACCUCCAGGCUGUGUAAGGGCUAUUUUACCAAGAAGGAGAGUGAUGGAGUGCUGCAUCAGAUGACCUGGCCUCCACAAUCCCCCGACCUCAACCCAAUUGAGAUGGUUUGGGAUGAGUCGGACGGCAGAGUGAAGGAAAAGCAGCCAACAAGUGCUAAGCAUAUGUGGGAACUCUUUCAAGACUAUUGGAAAAGCAUUCCAGGUGAAGCUGGUUGAGAGAAUGCCAAGAAUGUGCAAAGCUGUCAUCAAGGCAAAGGGUGGCUAUUUUAAAAAUCUCAAAUAUAAAAUAUAUUUUGAUUUGUUUAACACAUUUAUGGUUACUACAUGAUUCCACAUGUGUUAUUUCAUAGUUUCAAUGUCUUCACUAUUAUUCUACAAUGUAGAAAAUAGUAAAAAUAAAGUAAAACCCUGGAAUGAGUAGGUGUGUCCAAACUUUUGACUGGUACUGUAUAUAUACCACAGAAAGAUAGAAACACAAUCACACUGAGAUGCACACUGCUUGGAAGGGAGGAGAAGCUCAUAGGGAGGCUGUGUAUGAGUGUGUGUGUGUUUAUGGGGGGAUAGAGAAGGGUGUCAGGGAGUAUCUCAAGCCCAUGACUAAAGCUCAUAUGUGUAGUGAGGCCCCAUUACCAGUACUAAUGAGAAUUAAGAGGCUUUGGGUCCAUGGCUGAGGGCUCGAGACUAGAGAUAGGGGAUAGAAGAGGAGGGGUAGAGGCAGAAUGAGGGAGAGAAGGGGGACUGAUCCACAGCACCCAGCCCUGCAGCCCACAGCCCCCUGGACACAAGUAGCCAACCAGCCAGGCAGUCAGGCCCAGGGAUUAACUACUCCUGGAUUAGAGAUAAUUAAUUUUGUGCUUACACCAUUGGAGGCGGGAUUACAGGCCGAUCCCUGUCUCCUUCACUCCCCUAAACAGGAGGAGGAGGGGGAUGGAGAGAGAGGAGAAUGGGAGGGAGAGAGGGAGAGGUGGCACAGCUGGGCCUUCCCGGGCGAAGGAGUGAGUGACAAAAUAUAAAAAUAAAGAAGAAACUGUAUGAUGGAUGGAGGAAAAAUUAAAUAUUAGCCCUUCUGUUUGCCCUGCUUUGCUAGUGUCACGCUCGUUUACAGACGGUUCAGACUAAGGCGCAGCGUGAUAUACGUACAUGUUUAUUUAAAUGAAUAAACAACCAACAAAACAAUAAACAAACGAAACGUGAAGUCCAAGGCAGCACAACACAACAUACCUUAACCGGAACAAGAUCCCACAACUACACAGUGCCUAUAGGCUGCCUAAGUAUGGUCCCCAAUCAGAGACAACGAGCGACAGCUGCCUCUGAUUGGGAACCACACCGGCCAACAUAGAUCUAGACAUCCUAGAUCUAAACAUAGAAAAUACAACAUACUACACAGAAAAUACACACCCUGACUCAACAAAUACGAGUCCCCAGAGUCAGGGCGUGACAGUACCCCCCCCCCAAAGGUGCGGACUCCGACCGCACAACAUAAACAUAACAGGGUAGGGGCCGGGUGGGCAUUCCGCCUCGGAGGCGGAUCCGGCUCAGGGCGUGACGACCACUUACUCUCCGCCUCCCUGUUGCGCCCCUGGUCUGGUCUGGACCUCGGCGCGCUGCUUCCCCUCUCCUUCCUCCCACGAAGUACCAAGCCCUGUCUGGACCCUGGUGUGGGAGACCCCGAACCUGGAGAGGGGCUGACGUCUGGGUUUGGACUGGAGCCGCUGACCGGAGCUGGACCGGGCACCGGUGGAGCGGACUGCACAGGCUCCGGACUGGAGCCGCUGACCGGAGCUGGACUGGGCACCGGUGGAGCGGACUGCUCUGGCUCCAGAGUGGAGCCGCUGACCGGAUCUGGACUUGACCCCGGUGGAGCGGACUGCUCUGGCUCCGGAGUGGAGCAGCUGACCGGAGCUAGAUCAGGCACCGGUGGAGCGGACUGCUCUGGCUCCGGAGUGGAGCCGCUGACCGGAGCUGGACUGGACCCCGGUGAAGCGGAUUGCUCUGGCUCCGGAGUGGAGCAGCUGACCGGAGCUGAACUGGGCACCGGUGGAGCGGACUACUCUGGCUCCGGAGUGGAGCAGCUGACCGGUGCCGGACCAGGCACCGGUGGAACAGGCACGGGCUGUGCCGGACUGGACACACGCACCACUGGCUUGGUGCGGGGAGCAGGAACGGGCCGGACCGGGCUGGCGACGCGCACCACUGGCUUGGUGCGGGGAGCAGGAACGGGCCGUACCGGACUGGCAACGCGCACCACUGGCCUGGUGCGGGCAGCAGUAACAGGCCGGGCUGGCGACGCACACCACUGGCUUGGUGCGAGGGGCAGGAACAGGCCGGGCCGGGCUGACGACGCGCACCACUGGCUUGGUGCGAGGGGCAGGAACAGGCUGGGCCGGGCUGGCGACGCGCACCACUGACUUAGUGCGGGGAGCAGGAAUGGGCCGGACCGGACUGGCGAGACGCCCCACUUGCUUGAUGCGAGGAGCGGGAACAGGCCGGGACGGGCUGGCGACGCGCACCACUGGCUUGGUGCGAGGGGCAGGAACGGGCCGGGCCGGGAACACGCACCACUGGCUUAGUGCGGGGGGAAGGAACAGGCCGGGCCGGGCUGGCGACGCGCACCACUGGCUUGGUGCGAGGAGCAGGAACAAGCCGGGCCGGGCUGGCGACGCGCACCACUGGCUUGGUGCGAGGGGCAGGAACAGGCCGGACCGGGCUGGCGACGCGCACCACUGGCUUGGUGCGAGGGACAGGAACAGGCCGGGCCGGGCUAGCGACGCGCACCACUGGCUUGGUGCGAGGGGCAGGAACAGCCCGGGCCGGGCUGGACACACGCACCACUGGCUUGGUGCGGGGAGCAGGAACGGGCCGGACUGGACUGGCGACACGCACCACUUGCUUGGUGCGAGAAGCGGGACUGGGUUCCUUUAUAAACCCCUGCUCCUUCUGCUGCCUAACCAGCUCCUCUCGCCGUGCCUCUACACUUUCCUUCUCCCUUUUAGCCUCCUGUAGCACCUCCCUCUGACCGAAUAACUCCUGCUCCCUCUGAACCAAUAGCCCCCGUAACAUGGUGGCCUCCUCUCCUAACCUGCAGAUCCGCCCUUUAACGGCCUCCUGCUGCCUCGUCGUCCACACCGUGUGCCCCCCCAAAAAAAAUUAUUGGGGUUGCCUCUCGGGUCUCCAUCGUCGGCACUGUUGGCGCCGUUUCUCCUCUCCUACCUAGGCAUCCUCCUUCAUCGCCUUCCGGUAACGGACGGCCUCCUCCUCCGUAAUUCUCCCCCAACCGAGGAGGACAUCUACUAAUGUAACCUCCUGUUGAAUUCCCGGCGUUUGCUCCUGAACACGCUGCUUGGUCCUCGUUUGGUGGGAUCUUCUGUCACGCUCGUUUACAGACGGGUCAGACCAAGGCGCAGCGUGAUAUACGUACAUGUUUAUUUAAAUGAAUAAACAACCGACAAAACAAUAAACAAACAAAACGUGACGUCCAAGGCAGCACAACACAACAUACCUUAACCGGAACAAGAUCCCACAACUACACAGUGCCAAUAGGCUGCCUAAGUAUGGUCCCCAAUCAGAGACAACGAGCGACAGCUGCCUCUGAUUGGGAACCACACCGGCCAACAUAGAUCUAGACAUCCUAGAUCUAAACAUAGAAAAUACAACAUAGAACAUACUACACAGAAAAUACACACCCUCACUCAACAAAUACGAGUCCUCAGUCAGGGCGUGACUGCUAGACGCUUUGGUGGCUUUUUGUAAUACUUCUUAUAUAUACUGUUUUAGCCUUGGUGGUACAUUAGACUCCAUGUAUGUUAUCCCUCCUGUGCCACAUGUUCUUCUCUGUUGGUCCCUGGUAUUUGAGGCUCUUUGGGAGGCAGCGGUUGUCCCUUUCUCUCUGAAGGCUUUUGGUAUAUGUGGUUUGGGCUGCAUAGUCAUGGUCAUGGUUAAGACCAUGGUUAGAAGUAGCUAGUUGUUCAGCAGUAGUGUACUGUAGGUUACUGUUUAUGAUUCCUCAUCACUGGGUUGUCUGACAGUGGACCAGACAGUCUGGACUGGGCACGUGCAGAUUUUGGGCAGCAGAUGGAGCUUAACACCCCCCCAUUCUGACAUGAAGGCCAAGUUAUGAUAAUGAUGCAUUUCUCCUAUAACCACCCCCCAAUCCCCCCUCUCAUCUCCCAUUGAGGCUGCCCCUAACCCUCUCCUCCCUCCAUCCCCUCCCCUCCCUGCUGUUGUUCGUGCCAUAAUAUGGAGGUUGAGAUGGCGCCCCAGGAGAUGGAGGGGGCCCAGGGAAACAGAGCAGGAUUACUGGGGGGAGUAGGCUACCCUGGAUGGGAUUGAGAGGGAGGGGAUAGAGGGGGUCCUGGAUCUCUCUAACAGUCCUCCCUCUUCACCAUGAUCCAUAAAGGAUCCUGCAGGGUCAAGUGCAUCAGGUCACAUAACGCUACUGAUCUCUAUCUAGGGUUGGAUAGGUCCUUAAUCUCUGUGCUUUAGGUCCUGCUGUACAGUACAGUACAGUACAUGGAAGAAGGUCUAAUGUAGUGUAGCCUCACAAUAUUCAUUUCAACCCUGUCCCUUGUAACCCAGGGAGACCCAUUCAUUUCUAUCUGAUGAACGGGUUGUAUUCUUAGAAUAAUUUCCAGUGUACUGUAUGCGUAGACAGUAGGAGAGUAUUGAGGCUUUAUGUUUGUUGAUGACUGAUAGAGUUUAAGGCUCUUUAGGCGUCUCAGUCAAGUGGCCAUGGUGUGUGUUAAUCUGUUUAGGGGUUAGAGAGUUAGACUGCAGGGUGUGAGAGCAGAGGGAGCACAGCAGAACUGCUGACCACAGUGUCUGAGUGAACAUAUGUCACCGCUGGCCCUGGUCUGGCCCUGGUCUGGCCUGGGCCUGGCCCAUCCCCAGGGGACCUCCUCCAAGUCCUCCCAGAGCAGCUUACAGCACAGGAUAAGACUGGCAAUCUGCAAACAACCCUGCUCACUUUAACACGGUUUUAACACCCACGCGCACGGAAAUGGCCGUGCGCCCGCACACACCCGUGUUUACUUGAACAUGGCUUUAGUACCCAGUCAUACACACACACACGCGUGCACACACACACACACACACAGCCCUGCUGACCUGUCUAUGUAUUGUGUAUCCUCUCCAGUCCCAGGUCCUCCAGCUGGUAUCAAAGCAGUGCCCUCAUCUCCCAACAGUGUGGUCGUAUCCUGGCUACCCCCCCAUAAACCCAAUGGUGUCAUCCGCAAGUACACCAUCUACUGCUCCAGCCCAGGCUCCGGACAGCCGGUAAGUACCACUGAGAGGGCAGAGUAUAGGAUGGGGGAGGCGCAGUGACAGGUAUUGGAGAGGCAGAGAAUUAAAGCCCUAAUGACAAGACAUGAUGUGAAUGCAUGAUAUAGCACUUGAUGGAUAAUUAAUUAGUAACCAUCACUCAGUGAGUGCGUGUGUGUGCGUGUGUGUGUGUGUGUGUGUGUGUGUGUGUGUGUGUGUGUGUGUGUGUGUGUGUGUGUGUGUGUGUGUGUGUGUGUGUGUGUGUGUGUGUGUGUGUGUGUGUGUGUGUGUGUGUGUGUGUGUGUGUGCGUGUGUGUUUGGGUGUGUCUCUAUCGCAUUGUGUUUGCUCCGUCGCUUUAUUUCCUGCCCUCCCAGAUGAACAGAUGAGGUUGUCUUGGCAACAUGAUGAGACGUAGAUAUGCAAAUGAAGCAGAGAACAAGCUCACACAUGCACACUGCAGCAUCAGGAGCUCUCACACGCACAGGCCUGAACUAGCUAUGCAGUUUUCACACAUCCACACUAUUCUCUCUCUCACAAACACAUACACACACACACACACAUUUUCUGGUGGCACACAUUCAGACCACACACACACACAAUCCAAUAAAAUCCUGCUAUCAUGGAAGAAUCCCACUUUCUUAUCAUUCACAAAUCCUCACCCUCUUUCGCUAUGUCCAAGAGUACCAUGUAAAUGAGCAUGGAAAAGAGGAGGGAGGGAGGGAGACGGGGGGAGGGAGGAGAGAGAGGGAGGGAGGAGCAGAGGAGGGUAUCAGUCACACAGAGAUGAGAGUGCUUUAACUCCUUUUUUCAUUCUCUCUCUGGAUCACCACUACACUGCUGCCUCCACGCUGGAGGAAUGUUCUAAUGUUCCUGUUACUCACCCCCCCAGAGCCCCACAUUCACCCCUUCUCCCUCGUCCCCUCCCUUCUUCUCUCUAUCCCUCUAUCAUACCCACCCUGCUCUCCAGCAAGCCUGGGUAGAGGCUGAGAUAGGGAGGGAGAGAGAAAGAGAGAAAAAGGUAAAUGAGGCAAAUGGAAAAAGAGGUGAAGAUGGGUAUUGAGUGAUGAACAGAUGAGGGAGGUGGUGCAUGUGUUUGUGUGUUGUUGUGUGUGUGUGUGUGUGUGUGUGUGUUUGUGCGUGCCUGCAUACAUGCAUGAGUUAUACUCCUUAGUUCUAAACUCCUUAGUUCUCUUUCAAGCCAUCUGGGCUUCCCUCAUGCCAGUUGACCAUAGAUACCAAGCAGCCCCUCCAGAGUGCUACUGUACCAUUGUACCAUGGUAUUAUACAGUGUUAAUAAUCGAACCUCUAUAUCUCUCCCCCAGGCUCCCAGUGAGUAUGAGGCCAACCCAGAGAUGUUGUUCUACAGGAUCACCCAUCUGACCCGCGGUAAACAGUAUCUCAUCUGGGCCGCCGCCGUGACAACUGCUGGCCGUGGCAACAUCAGCGAAAAGGUCACCGUGGAGCCUGCUGGGAAAGGUAAGGGAGGAGGGAUGGAGGGAUUUGUGUAAAGGUUAUUAAAGAAAAGAACAAAAAAAGGGCUUUCAUCUGUCUCUCUCUGUACCUUUCUUCUCUCUCCUCUCUAUUGUCUUUCUUUCUCUCUUCUCUCUCCCUCUCUAUCCCAAGUUCUUCCUCUCUCUCUCUCGCUCUCUCUCUCUCUCUGUGCUAUUGACUGAUAGCUGUAGUAUUGAUUGAGGGCUGGCGGUGUAGCAGGACACACUGUUGUUAAUUAUGUGGUGAUGAACAGGGCCUACCCAGUAAACUGGCCCUUAGGGAGGGGAGGGUGGACAGGGAUCAAUACAGGGGAGAAUCUAUAGAUGGACUGAGCGAGACGGAGGGAUGGGGGGCGGGGGGCACUCCAGCGCUCUGCGGGUAAAAGGCUACCCUCCAGGCUAACCUACUCAAUACCAGGAUCACUCAGCAAACACUAGAGAAAGAUGCUUACACAUCAAGAAAGAGAAAAUAGAGCAGGGAGGUUAGAGUGUUUGUCUGGCUGUAAGUGUGCCUGGGUGCCUAAGUGUGUGUAUGUGUGUGCGUGCAUGCGUGCAUGCGCACGUGAGCACAUUCAGUGUGUGUGUGUAUAUGUGAUAUCCCCAGUUGAACCUGUGUCCCCUGCCCUCUGUCUGCAGCCCCAGCUAAGAUCUUGUCAUUCGGGGGCACAGUGACCACUCCCUGGGUGAAGGAGGUCCGUCUGCCCUGCAGCUCAGUGGGAGAACCCACCCCCACCAUCAAAUGGACCAAAGACAGGUCAGAACUCUCCUAACUCAUUAAAGUAAAGUGGGGAACUCACAAUCAAUGCUAGGAGAAACUUUAGACUUGGUGCCAAUGCUGGGUUUGGGAAGAUAAGGUUCAGGUCAGGGUUAAGUCUACCAUACAGGUAUGAGGUUGGUGUAUUAUGAUAAGUCUAAUUGUGAUCCUCUAUGUGUGUGUAUCAGUGAGGACUCGACUAUCCCUGUGACUGUGGACGGACAGCGUCAGAUCCUGUCCAACGGUACACUGGUGCUGCGUUCCGUCAAAGCUGAGGAUUCUGGGUACUACACGUGCACGGCCACCAACACGCUGGGCUUUGACACCAUCAUAGUCAACCUGCUGGUGCAAGGUGAGCUGGGAUACGCUGGGCUGGUUGAGUGUAUGGGUGGGGAGAGAUCUGAGGACCUUAUGGGGUUGUCUCAGCUGGUUUCUCUGUGUUCCUCUGACUGUGUAUGUAUCGUCUCUCUCUCUAUCUGGUCCCUCUAUCUGCUCACUCUAACUGUGUGCUGUUUGUGCCUGGUCUCUGUGGUGCUGAUUGACUCUAACUGUGUCUGACUGUGUUCUCUCUCUGGAUGUCCAGUUCCUCCAGACCAGCCCCGUCUAACCGUCUCCACCACCUCCACCUCUUCCAUCACCCUGGCCUGGAUCCCUGGGGACAACGGAGGCAGCUCCAUCAGAGGUACAGCACUCCACUCCCCUCCACCUGGGCCUUAGUGCAUUAGGAUCAGUCUGAGGAGAGUUCUUUAGCUGCUGUUUCUCACUGAGAGAUAAUUCCUCCAUAAAUAUCAAUAAUGUUGAUAUACCCUUUUGUCUAUUUGUGUGAUUUUCUCAGUUCCUGUCAAUGUGUUAACUGUUAGCUCCUAAUGUCUGAUAUACUCAUAGCAAUGGAACGUACUGUAUCACUGAGGGUAUUCUAAAUCCUUUAUCUCCCCCUGGUGUUCAAAGGGUGUAACAGCCGUUAGACCUGACCUGAUUUUGCCUCAAUAGAGUAUGUGCAGGUUGUGUAAUAUGGCUUUAAUAUUUGAACUGGGAGGAUAUUGUAAUUGACAGACAUUUACAGUAUUUCAUUGUUUUUUUAAUUGUGUAUUUGUGUAUUUGGCAGAUGAUAAAGGAAUGUUUAAAUAAUUAUGUAGUGUGUCCCUGUGUGUCCUCAGGUUUCGUCCUGCAGUAUUCGGUGGACAACACAGAGGAGUGGAGGGAUGUGUUCAUUAGUUCCAGUGAGCGUUCCUUCAGGCUGGACAACCUGCGCUGUGGCACCUGGUACAAGGUCAAACUGGCAGCCAAGAACAGUGUGGGCUCAGGACGCAUCUCUGAGAUCAUCGAGGCUAAGACCCACGGACGAGGUGAGGGGAAAGGAAGGAUCAAGGGGGAGGAGGGAAGGAGAGAGAGGGGAGGGAGAGGGUGUAGAGGAUGGAAAGAGCAGAAAGAGUUAAAUUUUAAAACUCAUGAUUUAUAUUUUAUCUCACAUCAUGUGUUGCACAUAAACUACAUCCACACUCUAACACACUAACUUCAAUACUCCCAGUCUGACAAUCUCCCUGUCUCUCCUCUUCUCCUGCAGAGCCCGUGUUCAACAAGGAGCAGCCCCUACUCACCCACAUCAACUCCACCUACGCAGGGCUCAACCUGCAGGGCUGGACCAGCGGAGGCUGCCCCAUCACCACUCUGCUGCUGGACUUCCGCCCCAAGGGCACGUGGGCCUGGCAGAGCCUGAAGGCCAACGCCACGGCCCAGUUCUUCCUCAGCGAGCUGCGCGAGGCCACCUGGUACGAGCUGAAGAUGAAGGCUUGUAAUAGUGCCGGUUGUGGGAACCAGAGCUCCCAGUUCGCCACCACAGACUAUGACGGCAGUGAGUCACUUCCUGUUUCUACCAGAUACCAGCUCUCACUUGCUGCUUUGACAUUGACAUUUACAUUUGAGCAUACUCUCUUAUUAAGAGCUACUUACAGUCAUCAAAGAGAAGGGGAUAGGGAGGGAGGCCAAAAAAGGGUAGGAGAGAGGGAGGAGUAGAAUGUGAGUGGUGGUAAAAGCAGUCAUUUAAUCUACCUCUGACCCCUUCUCUCCCUCCCAGGUACCAUCCCUCCUAUAAACUCGGCCCAGGAGGACAGGGAUGAUGUGAAGAAGCUGUUCUCCAUCGGCUCUCCUGUCAUCCUGGUCACCCUGGGCGUCGCCCUGCUCUUCAUCAUCCGCAAGAAACGCAAGGAGAAGAGACUCAAACGACUCAGAGGUGAGAAACAGAGGGAAGGAGGAAGAAAGAGAGGAAAGAGGGGGAGGGGAGAACAGAGAGGGAAAGACAUAAUUGCUUGGUGGGGGUGAGUAAGUAACUCGGAAGCACUAAAGGUAACAGGUCAAUAUAAUUUGCCUAAUCCACAUGAUGAUCCAUUAUAAUCUAAUAAAGACAUUUGUGUUUGUUUUCACAGAUGCUAAGAGCCUUGCAGAGAUGCUUAUCAGGUAAGGAUAAUACUCUUGAUUGAUUGGUGCCUGUGGUUAUGGAUGUGUCAUAUUCCAUGGGAUCUUGAUGGAUCUUUGAAUAUACCUGCAAGUCUCAGUAAACUCUGCUAAAGUAUCACCAAUAUACUCCAGUUAUAUAUGUAUACAUGUACACUAUGUAAGUACUGCUGAUGUGACAGUGGAUCCAGUCUAAGUGUGUGUCUUGUUUUGUGUGUUGAGCAGUAAGAACAACCGCAGCAUGGACACUCCAGUGAAGGGUCCUCCCCAGGGCCCUCGGCUCCACAUCGACAUCCCCCGUGUCCAGCUGCUCAUCGAGGACAAGGAGGGCAUCAAGCAGAUAGGUCAGUAUGGACACACUGCAGCCAAUCAGAUCGAUCAGACUGAAUAUCGUCCAAUUAAAUAGCCUUUAGUUCCAGUACACUAACUAACCAAUCAAAUGAUUUCUCUCAAGUUACUAAAUACGUAUUGGUAGAGUGUGAUUUACAAUCAGCCUAUGAUGAGAACAUCUGACAAGGGAGAUGAAUUGUGUAUCACAGAUAUUUUUGAACAACUGUCAUAAUAUAUUUUCCUCAUCUCCUGCCUCCAACAGGUGAGGACAAGGCAGUGGCCCCAGUGACGGACACAGAGUUCAGCCAAUCAGUGAAUCCACAGAGCUUCUGUACGGGCGUAUCUCUGCACCAUCCCGCCCUCAUGCAGAACACAGGGCCCUUGAUUGACAUGUCAGACAUCCGCCCUGGAACCAGUGAGUACUUCACAUACAGUAGGAUGUGCAUUGUAUGGAAAUAUGUCUUAUUACAGUGUGAUGUGUAGGAGUUAGCUUGAGCUGACACGCAAAAUGUUUGGGUGUCAGCUCACCCAAAAUGUACACCCAAAAUGAUUAUAACUGUUAUGAAUAGUACCCAGUGAGUGAGUUAUAUCCUCUCACCGUCCUCCUCCUAUCCUCUUCUUGUCUCAGACCCAGUGUCGAGGAAGUGUGUGAAGUCAGCCCACAGCUCCAGAAACCGCUACUCCAGCCAGUGGACCCUGAGCAGGCCGGGCCAGAGCCAAUCAACAGCCUCCGCAAGGACUCUGACCUCUGACUGGCGCACCAUGGGCUCCCACGGCAUCACCGCCACCGAGAGUGACAGCUACAGCGCCAGCCUGUCCCAGGAUACUGGUGGGUACCGCCCUACCCUGGCAACAACGCCUCUAAAGACCCAUCAUUAACACAUCUAUCUCUUACAUCCCCAAAACCUGACCUGUAGGAUACCUUGAAAGGCCUACUGGCACAGCUGUACUGUAUGCAAACUUCAUAUUACGUUGUUCUAAUAUGAUAUGGCAUUUAUUGUUUUUCCAGAUAAGGGUCGUAACAGCAUGGUGUCCACAGAGAGUGCGUCGUCUACGUAUGAGGAGCUGGCGCGGGCCUACGAACACGCCAAACUGGAGGAGCACCUGCAGCAUGCCAAGUUCACCAUCACAGAAUGCUUCAUCUCCGACAGCUCCUCUGACCAGAUGACCACAGGCACCAAUGAUCCGGCCGACAGCAUGACAUCACUCAGCACGCCGUCCGAGACAGGCCUGUGUCGCUUUACCGCCUCGCCACCCAAACCCCAGGACUAUGACCGUGGCAGACCUACCAACGUGGCCGUGCCUAUCCCCCACCGCGCCAACAAGAGUGAGUACAGAGAGCCACCCUGUCUGGCACAGUGGCACCACAUUAUACUUUGCCAGAGGCUGUUUGUUGUACAUCUCAACAGGUCUCUAAGCCCCUCCCUCUCUCUGUUCUGUCCUUGUCGCUAGGUGAAUUCUGCAACCUCCCGCUCUACAUGAAGACUGACCCUUUCUUCCGGAAGCAGGCGGAACUGCAUGACCCAUGCCCUGCGGUCCCGCCCAGGGAGGCCUCCAUCCGCAGCCUGGCACAGCGGGCGUACCACACCCAGGGACGUCACAUGACUCUGGACCCGUCCAAGCAACAGGCCCUGACGCUGGGCCACUCUGGACUGGGCAGUCUGGGCGUGAGCUCAGGCACUGCCACCCUGCCCCAGAGGACUCUCACCAUGCCCGGCUCCAACCCUGCAGCCACAGCCUCCACCUCCAGCACCAGCAGCAACCCCACUGGCUCCAGCACCAAGAUGGGGGGCUCCAGAGACUCACUGCUAGAGAACAGCUCCUCAGCGCUGGGCAGACUGCAGAAGCAAGGGGUCGGGGCCUACUCCAAGUCUUACACA